CUCUGUCUUUCUCAAGGAGCUCCGUUCCUGCCUCUUCUUGGGACAGUUGGUAGCGAUUUCUCAUACUAUAUCGCCAUGGCUGCUCUUCAGUAUCUCGAAUCUCAGCGUAACGUGCAGCCGGAGCUCGCCGAUUGGUACAAUACAUUGGCGGAUUUGUACCAGAGGAAGCUCUGGCACCAGCUCACUCUCAAGCUUGAGCAGUUCGUUGCCCUAGCUGUAUUUCAGGCAGGUGAUGCUUUAAUACAGUUAUAUCAUAAUUUCAUCACUGACUUUGAGACAAAGAUCAAUCUGCUCAAGCUUGCACAUUUCGCUGUCAUAGUUUCUCGGCAGUAUGCAGAGAAAGAAGCUGCCAUUGGUUAUCUUGAAGGUGUGAUUGAAAAGCUUCAUGCUACUAGGGAGUUGCAUAUAGAGGAUUCAAUCCUUUAUGUCAAGAUGCAGAUAGCUGCAUUCAAGCUUGAGCAAGGAGAUCAAAAAGAGUGCAAGAAACUCUUGGAAGAUGGGAAGAGUACGCUUGAUAGCAUGACUGAUAUUGAUCCAUCUGUAUAUGCAAGCUAUUAUUGGGUUUCUUCACAGCACCACAAGUCUCGUCAAGAAUUUGCGGAAUUUUACAAAAGUGCUCUUCUUUAUCUGGCAUACACAUCAGUGGAGUCACUGUCGGAAUCAUUCAAGCUGGAUUUGGCAUUUGAUUUGUCCCUCUCUGCAUUGCUUGGAGAUAAUAUCUACAAUUUCGGGGAAUUGCUAGCUCAUCCAAUUGUAAGGGGGAUUUCUUCUUACGUUGUUAGACGACUAUUUUUCCCCAUCAUUUUGGUUUCUUGUUUGUAGCUUAUAGAAGGUUUG